CGCGGCAGGGGUUGUCGUGUGUGCGCUGUCUGUGGUGCUGAAGCUGCGUGUGUCUCUGAGAUUGCAAUCAUCCACACGAGCAUCGUUCCGUGAGAGGACCACAACGACGGGGAGCUGUGCUUCCGACGGCAGGAAUAUUUAAGGCUGAUAAAUUCAAGAUGUUUCGAUCAGCUCCUCUGAUUUAUCGUAAUUCUUUGUAAAAAAAAAAAAAAAAAAAAAAAAAAAAAAAAACGGAAGUUUCUACAUUUACUCUUGAAGCAGAAACUACAAACAGACACGCGCGUGGAGCCGUUUUCUUGGCUGUUUUUCGAGGCUUGUCAUCCCUCCGGUGCCGCCGCCUGCCCAGCCGUAUUUGUGUCCUGUCCCGCAUCCUUUAUGCACAGCACGCUGCUACGGUCCUCCCCGACAAAACACACAUUCGUGUCCGAGCACCAUGGACCGCUCCAACCGCCUUCACUGAGAGACAUGGAAGCUAAACAACACCCUAUAAAAAGCCUAAAAAGCUACCCCGAGACCGGUGGCCGGAGCCUUGCAGCGGCUGCCGGAGGAGACGGAGGAGGGUAUCGCGCCGGUUCAGCUGAGAUGGAGAUGGAUGUGAAGAUUCAGAAAGCCAUCGAUUUCAAGGUGGAGGGUCAUCGCUGCUACAAGGAGAAGAAAUUUCGGGAGGCGAUUGGCAAAUACCAUCGGGCGCUCCUGCAGCUCAAAGGUGUGCAUGUUGUCGACGGGACGACGGGCUCCGAGGUCAACCUGCUCAAUCAAGCCGCGACCAAGCUGACCGAGGAGCAGCGGAGAGCCGUGGAGAGCACCGAGAUCGAGUGCUACGACAGCCUGACAGCUUGCCUCUUACAGUCUGAGUUGGUAAACUACGAGAGAGUGAAGGAGUACUGUCUGAAGGUGCUGAGCCACCAGAGAGACCACUUCAAGGCCAUGUACCGAGCCGGCAUCGCCUUCUAUCACCUGGGUGAUUACGAAUGUGCGCUACGCUACCUACGUGACGCCAAAAACCGAGAACCCACAGACACCAACGUGCUGCGUUACAUCCAACUGACAGAGAUGAAGAUGAGCAAGAGUGGACAGCGGGAACGAGAGAGCGGCAAGGAGACCCAGGGCUAAUCCUUUACCUUUAAAACCUUUCCCCCUCCUACCUUUAACCCCAGCAGUUCUAUCUCACCCUUCCUUCGCCUCCUCUCUUCCUCUACUGACUCCUGACAGCAGCACAGACAGAAGAGACUCUGUCAUCCACCUGGUGACACACAAACAGGACACAUAUCAAGCGCUGUCUGCUUCUCCCUCUUCUUCCUCCUUUCUCCUCAUUUCUCCCUCAGGUGCUGUGGUCCUCUCCCUAGAUGCAGUCAGCAAGCUAACAAGAAGAAAAUCAACAAAAAACAAAGAAGCUGUAUUAUAUUCAUAGAAACCGUCAUUGUGGUGGAGUAAAAAAGGAGCUUCAAGACGUACAUAUGAACAACAGACAUUUACGUGAUUUAGUAAAUGUUUUAAGAGCAUAAAAUGGUUUAUGUUUCGGCACUCUUGCUCUCUUCUGUCUGCCUUCUUUCUCUCUGUCUUAUUUCAAAUUCUCAAGGAGAAUUUAGGGGUUGGGAAGCUCAACCACACCUGCAGGAGGGCAGGGGUGUGUGUGCAUGUGCAGAGACAGUUCCAGGAAUAAGAAUGGGAUAGUGAGGGGGGUGUGUGAGACACAUAUCAAGACCACAGCCCAAUUUGAUUGUACAUCUUAACACUACAGGGCUCACUCAGGCCCCUUGCCCAGACUAUGGGACAGAGUACCAGGAGAAACUUUUCAUUAAGAAGAGAAAAAGCCUGCCUCGUUGCUUAAUCUGUCACUUCUCUGUCCUGGAUGCCAUGUAUCUCAGUUCCUAGACUGUUUAUUUCAAUUCAAGGGCUAAUUCAAGUGUUUGUAAUCUUUCAUUGGGGUUUUUAAUUUGCUGUCAUGCUCAGUAGUAAGCAAUUGAUAAGUAAUUGCAAGUGUGUCUAGCAAGGAGGCACAAUUCCCGAGUGGUUCUUUCUGUUAUCAGGUGUACUGUUGUGGAAACUAGUGUGUCUUGAAUCUGUUGUCUAAAGCCCCUCUUGGGUCAUGUGUUGUGCUAAUGUUCUUGAGAAUCUCGAGGCCCCGCCCUCCCUCCCACUGACCCCCUCAGCUCUCCUGUCAAUGAUGUCACAACGGAAAAUAGCCAAUGAGAUGGGACUUCCAUCCACCACUGUUGGCUAGAGGGAGAUCUGCUGUAACGAGAAACACUUUCUUAAUGGAGGUCCAACUUUGUACCAUUAAUGCUGAAGCUUCCCAGACAUCACUAAAGCACUGUGGAGACUCUGGGCACCGUUAGUGCAGGGAAAACAAUCACACACACACACAUCUGUCCUGAUAGUCCAAACCACAACAUGGGGGCAUUUAGCUUUAAUGUGCUUCAAUAAGAGUGAGCCAUUUGAAAUUCUUGCUCACAUUUUAUUGUAUUCUGAUACAUAAACAAUCAAUGAUUGAUCAAACUCUAAAGAUUGUUUCUAAAACAUACAUGUUUGGACAUGGACAUGCAACAACACUGGAUAUUACUGAAGAUAGAGUUUAUGCACAUCCAUUACCAGCAGUCAAACGGUGCCGCUGCUUCUCCUGUGAUUUGUGAAGCUCAGUCAUUGAUAAUGCAAACAUCACUUUUCUAAUAGCUUUACCACAGGCUUAAAUCUCCUGCUCUGUUCUGCAGAAGGUUGGAUUGAUAAUUUGUGAAAGCAUGACCUGAAUUUUCCUUGUCUCUGAUGCCAUGAAACCCAGUUUCUUAAUCCUCCUGCAUGAAACGUGCGGCUCCAGAGAGUUAUUUCAGAUGUUUGGGAUAGGGAUUAUAUCUGCUCUGUUGCUUUCUGUCAUGGCAUGCUGCCACUAAAAUUUUUGCUCAUAGCUCUAUUUUAGCUAUUCUGUCUUUUAGGGGGGUAAAAAAAAAAAAGGAUGAUAGGCUGUGAUCACAGCCGAGGAAGAGAUAUCAAAUAUUUCUUGAAAAAGAUAUUCGUUAUUACAUUAGGGUCACCUCCUGCCUUGACUCAGCUGAGAGAGAUUCCACUGCUUAAGAAAUUCAAACAGAGCUGAGGGAGGAAAUCAAAUCAGAGAAAGCUGGAAAAGAUUUUUCCUCCUUAUUUAUUUCAUUGACCUGCUAUGAUGUAGACAGGGAUCUAAGUGUGUCAAUGGAACUCUGGAGAGACGGCACCAUGGGUUGAGGAGACCGGCAUGAUACAGAGAGGCUCCAGUGGAGGGAGAAUUAGGCCAUGACUAAAGCAGCUGCAGCUCUACUGUCUUGGACAAGACAUAGGAAAGUUUAGAAAAAGUUCAUCAUUAGACACCACACAGCCAAAGUAUCUGGGUAUGAGCCCAAAACUGGCUGCUGAUUUCUUUUUAUAGGUAAAUCUAGUUCUUCAACAUGCCAAGGAAAACCUGAUUCACACUGGAAGCUGUACUAUUAAUAUCGUAGUAUUCUUGUAGUAUAAGGGGUCACAUUUUUGCACAUAAGAUUAUAUCAGAAAACCACAAAAAUGCAGAUCACAAAGCACACAAUUGACAGGGAGGCAAAAAGUGGCUUUACAGAAAAGUUGAGAUAAUAUAUCACAAUGACCCACGUUUUAAAAGAAAUGGGAUAACCUAUUUUUACAAACCUUCUUUAAAUUCAAUGCAGAUACGGUUUCAGAUGCUCAUUGAUGCAGAGCCUCCUUUGUUGUAUUUCCAUAUCUAGACUCCAUACAACAGAGCUGUGCUGCUGUAAUAUGGGUGUAAUAUGUGACUUUGUCUUGCUGAAUAAUCAAGGCCUUUCCUUAAAAUGAUGUCAUCUGGACGGCAGCAUGUCCAUUAAUAGUGCACAAAGAUUUAUCGGAAUUUACUAAGAUAUAAUGUAGGUAUUUUCAAAUUGCACUUUGACUAGUUGACAGAUUUUGUUUUGUUUGUUUUUCUGUCAGUCUUUUGAAAAGUUCAACAGUUCCCCAUCUUUUUAAAAGCAAAUAUUGCACACUUACAAACUUUUCCAACUUUUAAAAAACAUGUCGCUGCAAUAAAACUCAAAAUUAGUAUUGAUGAAAACAUAUUUCCCAGUAUCAAGAUUUAAUGAUAAACAUCUUAUAAAAGUACAUUUACAUAUAACACAUGCUUAUGGCCAUGUAAUGAUGUGUGGCUCAUCAAUAUAACACUGUUUAAGUAAGGACUCCAUCACCACAGAGUUUACAUUACGUAAAAGUUACAGCUGUCAGAUCCAAACAAAGACACAUUUUCAAGAACUCUAAAUCAAAAACUUUGCAAAACGUUUAUUUCAGUUAUUGUUACAUAACUCUGGGUCAGUCAGGGCAAAAACAUGAGCUGCAGAAGGCUUCUUCUUUCUUGAUGUGUCUCUGCACUCUGUAUUCUGUUUCUGUGUCUCCUGGUUUCCCAAAGGAGAUAAACCAACGGUGAGGAGCAGGAUCUGCAGGCUCGGUCUCCAUGGCUGCAUGGACUGAGUCUCAUCCCCCACGGGGCCCUCGAGGAUAGGUCUCCCCCCUAAUGGUCUUCUCUCCAUAGCACCAGUUU